CACCGGGCCCCCGGGCGGGGCGACAGGCACCGGGCCCCCGGGCGGGGGCGACAGGCACCGGCCCCCAGGCGGGGUGACAGGCACCGGGCCCCCCAGGCGGGGCGACAGGCACCGGGCCCCCAGGAGGGGCGACAGGCAUCGGGCCCCCAGGCGGGGGCAACAGGCAUCGGGCCCCCAGGCGGGGCGACAGGUCUCGGGCCCUCAGGCGGAGCGGCGGGCCGGGCCCCCAGGCGGAGCGCUGACAGGUCUCGGGCCCCAGGCGUGAGAAGCGACAGGUCUCGGGCCCCCAGGCGGAGCGACAGGUCUCGGGCCCCCAGGCGGAGCGGCGGGCACCGGACCCCAGGUGGAGCGACAGGUCUCGGGCCCUCAGGCGGAGCGGCGGGCGCCGGACCCCCAGGUGGAGCGACAGGUCUCGGGCCCUCAGGCAGAGCGGCGGGCGCCGGACCCCCAGGCGGAGCGACAGGUCUCGGGCCCUCAGGCGGAGCGACAGGUCUCGGGCCCUCAGGCGGAGCGGCGGGCGCCGGACCCCCAGAUGGAGCGAGGACAGGUCUCGGGCCCUCAGGCGGAGCGACAGGCAAGACUGCGGCACAGAGGUCAACUGGCAGAACAGAACAGCGGGCACCGAGUCGUCUGGCAAGACUGCGGGCACCGAGUCGUCUGGCAAGACUGCGGGCACCGAGUCGUCUGGCAAGACUGCGGGCACCGAGUCAACUGGCGGAACAGCGGGCAUCGAGUCAACUGGCGGGA